CUGUGUGUUCAGAGAGCAGUCCCAGGAAGAUCAGGGUCUCUGAUAGCAGGAUUUACUGACAGCAGACAACGAGUAAAGGUCGUUAAAAGAAAAAACAGCAAAACCUAACAGGGGUCAGCCAGAGGGGGAAGGUAUGAGGGGACAGCGCUUCCUGUAUUUCAGUCUCCUCAUUUUGGGGAGUCUGCUGACCACUUUCAUCUGGUAUACAUUCAACAACAACUGGCACCGACCUCUGAAAAAAGAUCCUGAAAUUAAAAGCAGUGACUCAUGUACAGAUUGCAGGGAGGAAAAACACAUAAUAGAACUCUGCUCUGCCUCCCGGACACAAGAAAAUCAAAAAGUCAAUAACCAACAACUUCAUCAAAAGACAAAAAAAAAUGCACCUGGGUCUUCUGAUUCUUGUAAAGACUGCAGGAAGAAGAAAAAUAAAGUGCUGGAGCCUUACACUCAAGUUUGGAAGAAAAACGAAGAAAAUCACCUUGAAUUUAGGACUUGGCUGAGACUGAAGUGCAACGGUUUUGAGAAUGCCAUAAUAACCCAGAAAAACACUCCGUUGGGAUCCAAGGUUAUUUAUGAUGGGGAGAAGAAGAAAACCAUCAAAGUUACUGCAGAGCAGUUUAGCUUUUUUUUUCAAGGUCAUCCUUUCUCAAAUAAAACACGACAAACAUGCGCUGUUGUUGGAAACGGCGGGAUCCUGGCAAACAGCAGCUGUGGAAAAAUGAUCGAUUCAGCUGAAUUUGUGAUCAGAUGUAACUUACCUCCCUUGUCAAACGGAUAUGAGAAACAUGUUGGCAUGAAAACAGACCUUGUGACUGCAAACCCGAGUAUAUUCACCAAGAAGUAUGGCUCUCUUUUAGGACGUCGACGUAUGUUUGUUGAGAGUCUGUGCCAAUAUGGCAACUCCAUGCUGCUCCUUCCUGCCUUCUCCUUUUCUUUGAACACAGCAUUGUGUCUACGGGUUUUAUACACCAUUGAGGACUUUGGAAGCCCCAUUCAGCCUGUCUUCUUAAACCCAAAGUACCUUGAGAGUCUGGCUGUUUUUUGGCGCUCUCAGGGACUGAAGGAAACUCGUCUCAGCACGGGCAUGAUGAUGACCAGCCUGGCACUUGACCUUUGUGACGAUGUGCAUCUGUAUGGAUUCUGGCCCUUCAGUGUUCACCCACAUAGCUUCCAAGACCUGACCAACCAUUACUAUGAUGAUGCUCAAGGGAACAAAGUUUUCCACUCCAUGUCAGAUGAGUUCAAGCUUUUGUUACAAUUGCACAACCAAGGGGUGCUCAAGCUGCACCUGGGGGAGUGUGGAGCAAAUGAAUAGAAUGUCCAUUUAGCAGAGACAAAGGUGCCCUCUGUUUAGCUUUAACAUGAAGCCAAUCCAAAAGACAUUUAUCUAAUUAAAUGGAUGGACUGCAUUAUGGAAAAUAUGCAGAAAUCAUGGUAAAUGGAGAAUAUGUGCUACAUAUAUCCUAGGGUUAAAUGUAUUAUGUAUGUACCUACAGUUUUUUGGUUGUACUUAAUUUACCUCCGCCUUUUCCAUUUUGGCUUCAUCUUUGUUUAGUAAAAACUGAGAUGCUAAAAGGUUCAAGGUUACUUUAUUUAUACCCAUGGGCAGAUUUGUUUUGCAAUGGUUUAAAACACAUUCAUACCCACAUACACUGUAAAAAGUAAAAACAUCAACAUACUCAGAACCAUUCGCACGUAGGGAAGCUCAUAGUACUUCACAAGUCAAACACAGCAGGACACAUAAGAGAGCCAGAUUUCAAAAUUAAAAUCCAGGCAGUAAAAAUGAAUAAAAUUUAUUAAAAUCCAUUGAUAUCAAAAAAAUAAAAAAUCCAUGAAAGUACAUUAAAAUCUUUUAGUGUCAGCAUCAUUUCAGCUUGUUGAAUUCAGUAAGAGCAGUAGGAACAAAGCUGUUUUUAAAACGUCUAGUUCUCUAUUUAGAGACCAAAAACCUAUAUCUGGAGAGAAGAAGCUGGAACUCCCUGUGAAGGGGAGGAAAGUCGUCUUUUAAAACAGAAGAGGCUAUCCGCUGUACAUGCCUGAUGUACAGGGAUGCAGCUGACUGCUGGGAUUCUCCAGUCAGUCUAGAUGACAGUUUAGCAAUCUGCUGCAGUGAAGUACCCCCUUUAAAGUUGCAUGACCAAAUCAUGACACUAAAGAAAAAGAUAAAACCGAUUUGAUAAAAGCACAAUAAAACAUGGUCAGUAUGGUUCGGUCAAUGUUAAAAUGGCUGAGUUUCCUUAAGCAGAAAUGGCACUGGUGGGCAUUUUUUACACACAGUUUCACAGUUUGCUUCAAAGUUUAAUUUAUUAUCUAAAAUAGUCCCAAGAUAUUUAUAUCUCUGCACACUCUCAAUGGCUUGGCCUUUAAUUAACAUGACUGUGUGCUUGUGAGGUUUCCUCCUGAAAUCAAUGAUCAUAUCUUUGGUCUUACCAGAGUUAAGGUGGAGAUAAGACUCCUCACACCAUUGGGCAAAGUCAUCAGUCACUGGGCUGUGGCUGCUUUCACUCUUUUUAAGAAGGCUAAUAAUAACAGAAUCAUCUGCAUUAUUUAUGGUGAACCUGUUUUCAUGUCUGCUCUGACAACCAUUUGUGUAUAUAAUAAAAAUUAGAGGUGACAGACUGCCUGGCCUGACAAAAUGUGUUUCACUUCCCUUCCUGCUCCCUCCUGCUGGAACCCCCGCUGUAAAAUACAAGAUAAAGGGAACAUUUAUUGCAGAGGAGUCGAGACGUCUCUGCUCUUCCUAGAGGGGGUGCCAGGCUAGAUGGGGUUUUUACAAUACUGAUAUAAGGAGGUGAUAUCCUUUGGGUUGGUUAGAACAGUUUCUGGCUCAGCUCAGCAACAUGUCUGACCUGUAAACUGUCUCCUUCAUAAAGUUAAAUUAAUAUUUACUUUGGGAGUGUGCUUGGUGUACUGAGUGUUUUUGGACAUUUUGCUUGGUGUAAUAAAGAGGGGGCUUGUGUUA